ACACCCGACAAUCAAUCCCCUCAGGACUCGACGUUUCAGUCUCCGCCAACUGCGGCUAAACCGAUUGAUUCGCUUGUUCUCCUAACGCCUCUUCAAACACAACAGCAAAAAUGAAGAACCUCGCUGCCUACCUCCUCCUCCAGCUCGGCGGUAACGCCACCCCCUCCGCUGCCGACAUCAAGUCUCUCUUCGAGUCCGUCGGUGUCGAGGCUGACUCUGACCGCCUUGACAAGCUCGUCAGCGAGCUCGAGGGCAAGGACAUCUCUGAGCUGAUCGCCCAGGGCACCGAGAAGCUCGCUUCCGUUCCCUCCGGUGGUGCCGGUGGUGCUCCCGCUGCUGGUGGCGCCGCUGCCCCUGCCGCCGCUGCUGAGGAGGAGAAGCCCAAGGAAGAGGAGAAGGAGGAGUCCGACGAGGACAUGGGCUUCGGUCUUUUCGACUAAGCGCAUCACGGUCAAGCUCUGUUCAAUUCUGCGCGGAGUGGUUGGCGACAAGCCGUCCCUCCGCCGCGGGCGGAUUAUGUGCAUGGCUAAGGAGUUUGGGGGGAGUUACGCCUGCUGAAAAAAAUCGGUGUCUUGUGGAGGAAGUCCU